AUGGAGAGAGUCAAUCGCACAUUUGUGACUGAAUUUGUCUUCGUGAGAUUCUCUAACUCCCCUCUUAUCCAGCUGCUCUUCUUUUCCCUCUUCCUCCUGGUUUACCUCUUGUCCCUGGUGGGAAAUGCCCUCAUUGUGCUCAUUGUAGCCCUGGAUGCACAUCUCCACACUCCCAUGUACUUUUUCAUAAGCAACCUCUCGCUGGUAGAGCUCUGGUAUACCACAGUCACCGUGCCUAAGAUGCUAGCCAAUUUUAUAAGUCCCAAAGGAGUUAUCUCAGUUCCCAGCUGUAUCACUCAAUACUACUUCUUCUUUUCCUUGGCUGCCACAGAACUCUUCAUCCUCACCACCAUGGCCUUUGACCGCUAUGCAGCCAUUUGCCGUCCACUUCACUAUCCACUGCUGCUCAACCCCCAAACCUGUGGGACUCUGGCUGGGGUUUGCUGGUCCAUGGGAUUUCUCUGCCCUAUGUUCCCCUCAUUCCUUCUUGCACACAUCUCCUUCUGCACUCCCAACCAGAUCAACCACUUCUUCUGUGAUGCGGAUCAAAUUUUCCGUCUUUCUUGCACAGACACAUAUGCCAUUCAAGCAGUGGGAUAUGCUUUCAGCACUGUCAUUAUCCUAGGAGCCUUGGUCUUUACCAUGGCUUCCUAUGCACGAAUCCUCGCCACUAUCCUAGCCAUGGCCUCAGCUACUGCCCGACGCAAGGCCUUCUCUACCUGCACAGCCCACCUUUCUGUAGUCACCAUUUACUUCGGCACCCUCAUAUUCAUGUAUGUCCGCCCAGCUGUAAAAUAUGAAUCAAAUAUCAACAAGAUUGUUGCCAUCUUUUACUCAGUCAUCACCCCACUUCUCAAUCCUCUCAUCUAUACACUCCGCAACAAAGAUGUUAAGGAAGCUCUGAAAGUGUUGUCAACCCGGAUCCAAAAGAUCUGCCACCGGAGCAGAAGCCUUCAGUGA